GAAGUUAGCUUCCGGCGCAGGUGGACACAGCAUUUGCUUCAGGUACACAGGGGGUUCUCUUUAUACAUCCAUGGUGGUAUCCGUGGUUGUGUUUGGUACACUGCCGCCAUCUUGUGUAUUAUUCCAGCACCGCUUCGGCGCUUCCGUUCAGUUUGAACCUAGCAAGUUGCCGUAAGAAGGAGCAAACGUCGCCUUAGCAACGGACAGGGUUUGGAUCAAUGACGGGCAUCAGGAUUCUUCUAAACUGGGUUAACUCAGAAAGCAAAGACGCCUUUCCAGUUUACUAACUGAAGCCGUGAUGGCUACAAUCAACCCGUCAGUGUUUCUUCUCACGGUGAACGGACAAAUUGAGGGAGGAAACUUUCCAGAGUAUGACAACUUGUACUGCAAAUAUUGUUUUGUCUACGGCCACGACUGGGCUCCAACCUCGGGGUUGGAGGAAGGCAUUACUCAAAUAACAUGUAAAGGCAGUCAGUCCUCACACAAAUUAAUAUGGAACUUCCCACUGGAGACAACGUUUAAGAGUACAAACCCCUCUGGAUGGCCUCAGCUGGUGGUGAGUGUGUACGGUCCAGAUGUGUUUGGCAACGAUGUGGUCAGAGGCUACGGAGCAACACACAUCCCCUUCACACCUGGAAAACAUUCACGAACCAUCCCCAUGUUUGUUCCUGAGCCCACAUGGAGACUUCAGAAAUUCACGAGCUGGCUGAUGGGUCGGCGGCCAGAGUACACAGACCCUAAAGUGGUGGCCCAGGGUGAAGGCAGAGAAGUGACGCGGGUUCGUUCCCAAGGCUUCGUCACCGUCUCCUUUCACAUCAUUACUAAAGAUAUGAAGAAACUGGGUUACGACACAGGACCAUCGAGCACUGCCAACGCACCAUCUUCCACAUCCGGCUGGUCCACCGAAGAACAACCGUACGACCUGUAAUAACUUGAGACAAUUGGUGGAUUAUCUUUUCUUUUUUUGUUCUUUGCCCUCAAGGAUGUUUGGUCCCGACCAAAACUGAACACAACACUCAUUUUAUAUAUAUAUAUAUAUUAACGACUUGUUUACUACCCGUGUGUGGAAAUCCACAACACGGAAAUGCCAGUCACUUUAGAAAUAAAGUGGCAACUCGGCUCCAUCAGAAGACACACAUUUGGUUGCAGAUUUUAAUAGAUGUAUUCAAAUAUAAGCGAUUCCAGAUGUCUUGGAUUUGUCAGUUUUAUAUUAUUUUUUACUUUUUUAAAUAAAUGGCCUUUUACCUCUGAA